AUGGUAACUUUUGGAGCUCAUUUGAAAAAGAACGGAUGGGGAGGGACCAGACUUGUAUAUUUGGGCAUAAGCUUGGAAGAGACACGGGAUAUACCCGUAUCCUUUCCCCACGUCGCAUCUUCAACCCUAAGAGAACAAGAUGCAGCCGCCACUACCCAUGGAACGCACGCAUCGACCGCCACCUCUGUCUUCUUCUUCUUUCGACCAAACGAGGUCGUCGCCUGCUGCGUCGCCGACGAGCACCACCUCUUUGCUGUUGCUGGUGACGUAAGGGAAGCCGGAAGAGCCACCAAGACCGGCGACUUCAGCUGCGUCGUCACUAUGUGGGUUCUACGCGACCUGGAGGUUCUUGGGACCGCCACCACCAUUGGGAAUGGUGGCCGCCGCCGCUGCUGUUGCUUUUCUGGUGCUCCUGCCGCCGCCGUAGGCCACCAAGGGGUGGCUGGAGUUGCUUUGCGACCUCAUAGCAGGUGUGUGUGUGUGUUUUUUUAAUCUUGUUAGUGUGUGUUUGUAUAGCCGGAAAAGCAAGAAAGGCCAACGCCACCUCAUUUCGCCGCGAGUCGCCGUCGGCCACUUCAAGGUGGUUUGUGUGUGUAUGUUAGCUUAGUUAGGGUGUGUGUUUCUUUGGUAUUUUUGUUGUAAUUGUAACUCAAAAUCAAAAUAAUGGAAAGAAAUUAGAAACCACCACCCUAGGGUGGUGGCUGCCGCCACCG